AUGGAAUUUGCAGAGGGAAACUACACCUUGGUGACUGAGUUUAUUUUAUUAGGGUUUCCAACUCGCCCUGAACUGCAGAUUGUCCUAUUCCUCGUGUUUCUGACAUUGUAUGGUAUAAUCCUAAUUGGGAACAUUGGGUUGAUGCUGUUGAUCAGGAUUGAUCCUCACCUUCAAACGCCCAUGUACUUUUUCCUUAGCAACCUGUCCUUCGUAGACCUCUGUUACUCCUCAGUCAUUGUUCCCAAAAUGCUGGUCAAUUUCCUCUCAGAGAACAAAUCUAUUUCCUAUUAUGGCUGUGCCUUACAGUUUUAUUUUUUCUGUACUUUCGCAGAUACAGAAUCCUUUAUCUUGGCUGCGAUGGCCUAUGAUCGCUAUGCCGCCAUCUGUAACCCUUUACUGUAUACAGUUGUGAUGUCCCGGGGCAUCUGCAUACGGCUGAUUGUCCUGUCCUAUAUUGGUGGCAACAUGAGUUCCCUGGUUCACACCUCCUUUGCCUUUAUUCUGAAAUACUGUGACAAAAAUGUGAUUAAUCAUUUUUUCUGUGACCUCCCUCCCCUGCUUAAACUCUCCUGCACAGACACAUCCAUUAAUGAGUGGCUCCUCUCCACCUAUGGCAGCUCAGUGGAAAUUAUCUGCUUUAUUAUCAUCAUCAUCUCCUACUUUUUCAUUCUCCUCUCAGUCUUAAAGAUCCGCUCAACCAGUGGGAGGAAGAAAACCUUCUCUACCUGCGCCUCUCACCUAACUUCUGUGGCCAUCUAUCAAGGGACACUUCUCUUCAUUUACUCACGACCAAGCUACCUGUAUUCUCCCAACACUGACAAAGUUAUCUCCGUUUUCUACACUAUUUUCAUUCCAGUGCUGAAUCCACUGAUUUAUAGUCUGAGAAAUAAAGAUGUAAAAGACGCAGCUAAGAAAGCUCUAAGAUCAAAGGUAGGUUCCUCGUGA